UGUUACAAGAGAGUAACAUACAAAGGAAAGAAGGGAGAGAAAUAGGAACGAUAUAUGUUUAGUCGGAAAGAAGAAGAAAACCACACCUAAUUGCCCACCAACUAUUCACUUAGUAGCCUUUAGUUUAGAUCUACCAUGAAUUUUACGGCACUUGCCACACAAAGUUAAAGCCUUUGUCACUGAUUUUAAAAAAAGUUGUCGAAGUUUUUACCCCCUCAUCGACACAUUUUAGAUCAUUUAAGCUUAAAAGGCAAGGUUUCGACCCUGCCUGAUAGGGCUGACCCGGACUGAGUAGAGGGAUAAAGCAUCCCAGCAGAAAAACCGAGAUACUCUACAACAAAAAAUCUCCCCACUGGGGAAUAGAAUUCAGGUCUCUUGUGUUGAACAGCAAAGCGCCUAACUCCUACACCACAGGGGCCGAGUUGUGACUGAUUGAAUCAUUGUUGUUACUGUUAUUGUUAUCUUUUAUUGUUAUUGGUAUUAUUGUCUAUUAUUGCGAUUCCUGUUUUUUUUGUUCUAUCUAUCUAUUAUUGCUGUCCUCAUUUUGAUUACAGUCUGGAGUUGUUACCGAUUUAUUCAUCACAGCUGCUCUCGAAAAGUAAUUUCUCUCCGCACUGCCCAGCAACAGUAGCUGUCAUCAUUCUUUUCCCGCAGAGGUCGGCGUCGUCAAACGAAGGGGACUUUUCUGACGUCAUUACGUCAUUGAUAUAGCCGUGUUAAUUGUGGUGCACGCAUCUCGCUGACGUCACAGCAUGGAGCUCGUUCCCGCAAACUCAUCCAUCUCCCAGGGCGGUCUGGCAGGGUCUGUUGGUUUGGCAACGCUCGUGGACAGUCCAGGCUCUGGCGCCUCGGCCGUGCAAACACUCGGAGACGACAACGGUGACUCGGAGGUGGUUGAUUACUACAGCAUGAACUUCGACAACUUUAAUAUCAGCAGCGAGCACUGGUUUAACAUCAGCUGUGGGAUUGCUGAGCGACCCUACGACUUCCUCAAGUCAGUGGUGGAGCCGACGAUAUGCUGUGGCGGUAUUGUUGGCAUCCUGCUCACGAUGGUGGUGCUUAGCCGCAAGACCAUGUGUACGUCCACCAACUGCUACCUGACGGCACUGGCAGUGGCCGACCUGCUGUUCUUACUCCUGCUCUCCGCGCGUAUCAUCGUGGAGAGGGUGGCUGGCUGCGAGUUUCGCCUGAGCAGCGAGAAAACCAUCUGGGACGUCUACUCCAUCGUCCUGAUGAACACGUUCCAGUGUCUGACCGUAGGCGUGACCGUCAUGCUGGCUGUAGAACGCUACAUCGCCAUCUGUCAUCCGAUGCGCGCGAUGACCCUGUGCACCGUGAAGCGAGCGCGCAUCAUCAUCGGCAUCAUCACCGUCGUCGCUUUCAUCCUCCGCUCGCCCAAGUUUCUCGAUAUCGAGAUCGGCUACACGAAACUGGUGUCGGGGGAGGAGAUUCUCACGGUCAGAUGGGUGUAUUUGUACAACGAGGCGCUGUACACCUACAUCGUGAAGGGCGCACUGCUCACCGUACUUCCUCUGCUGGCGUUAAUGGUUUUGAACAUUCGUCUGAUCGUCGAGAUCCGCCGAUCGUCGCGCUACCUGAAAUACCACCUGGGCACCGACUGGCGCGUGCGUUCUGUGGUGAGCAGUGAGGAGCUGAAGAUCACAAUGAUGUUAGUGAGCGUGAUUGUCACCUUCUUCAUUUUUCACGGGCCCUUCAUGGUCUACGGCCUGAUGAUCGCCUCAAACGACUACAUCGCUCCCGAGAGCCAGUCGAAGACCAACACGUACUUCAAGCACACCUGCAACAUCCUGCUCGCUCUCAAGUCGUCCUGUAACUUCAUCCUCUACUGCUGGUUCUCCGAGAAGUUCUGGACCACCUUCAAGAGGAUCUUCUGCCUGCACCACUGUCUGCCCAAGGCGGCGUCCACCCAGCCCAACGGCUACAACAACAACAGCAACAACCACAGCCACAACAUCCUAAAACCCUCUUGCUACAUCACGAAGGAGACCACUUGCUGAUGGUUUCGAUUCUACGUUGCAGUCCUAAGCUGCUUUUUUCGUUUGCUCAUUUUGUUUUUUGUACAGUCUCAAGGUCGUACGUAAUCCAUAUACGUUAUGUGAUUUCAGAGGGUUUUUUUAAGGGGGGGGGGGGGAGUCAUUUUAAAAUUAUGAAAACGAGCUUCGUCAAUAUAAGAGAUGGAGACAUUAUUGGUGAAACCACAUUCAAUAAACGCGAGUGACUUCGUUAUGACCCAACAGGCGAGUUUUAAAGUAGCAACUUACAAGACUUUUCCAAAGUUGGUCUGCGCUGAUUUUAUCCCGGUCCAUGCAAACUGUAAGAAUGAUUUUACAAAGAAAAGCCGAGAUUUACUUUAAAAAAAAACAAAAAAA